UCACGGUGCGUAAUCCUGAAAUCCGUCAGGGCUCUUAUCCGUCCGCAAGUCCGGGGGUUGGACGUUAGGAGUCAACUGACGACGACAAUGAAGAUGAUGAUGAUGAUGAUGAUGAUGAGUAGCUCACAGCUGUUUUAAUCUCGUCUGAACGCGUGUGUGCUGGGACGCUGGUUUGAUAAACGUAAAGAAAAAAAGCGAAAUAAUAUCGCUAACAAACAUUUAACUGCGAUGUCAACGCGAUUACCUUAAAGUUCUGAAUAAGGGCGCACAGAUGGUUUUGACAGCGCUUUACCGCAGCAUAGAGAGAAGUGUGUUUGUGUCGGAAGGACGCCAGGACUGUAGCGGAUUAAACCAGCUUAUUGCAUGACAACCAUCCAGCUCAAGCAGCAGAGGAGAGCGUCUCGCAGGGUCUGAAGAUGAAGUCGAGGAGAGCCGCCCCACCUGAUGGGGGUUACGGCUGGGUGGUGGUCAUGUCAGCCUUUUUCAUCAUGGGCCUCACCGCCGCUGUCCUCAAGAACUUCGGCCUCUUCUUCCUGGACAUCCAGAGCCACUUCGGGGUCCGGACCAGCACCACCUCCUGGGUCACCUCCACUACGAUUGCCAUGUUUCACCUUGGAGCUCCAGUAGCCAGUGCGCUGACCUUACAGUUUUCUCAGCGAGUGGUCAUUAUAGUCGGAGGCCUGCUGACCUCCUCGGGGAUGUUGCUGGCGUCUCUGGACCUCAGUCUGCCCUGCCUCUACCUCAGCAUGGGCAUCCUGCAAGGAACGGGCAUUUGCUUCUCAUGGAUUCCCGCCAACAGCAUGGUGAGCCACUACUUUGUUCGGUGGCGUCCCAUCGCCUACGCCAUCGCCAGCUCAGGAGAGUGUGUCUUCGCCAUCAUAUUCAGCCCCCUCUUCCAGUGGCUCAUUGAGAUGUACAGCUGGCAGGGCGCCUUUCUCAUCAUCGGAGGCCUUCAGCUCAACCUGUGUGUCUGCGGCGCUCUCAUGAGACCGCUGGAGACGGUCCAGAGCCCGAUCCAGGAAACCAAAGACAGUCUGGAAGUAGAUGCCACUGUGCUCCCACCAAAGAGGAAACCCAUCUUCCAAUUCUCCUUGAUAAGAAAACCUGAACUCUUCCUCUACAUCCUGUUCGCCAUCUUUGCGGCAGCAGGGUUUUUCAUCCCUCCUCUCUUUCUAGUGCCCUUCGCCAACAGCUUGGGGAUGGAUAAGUACUGGCCAGCGUCCAUCCUGUCUGUGCUGGCAUUGGCCGACCUGGCGGGGAGGCUGAUCUGUGGUUGGAUAGCCAACAUGAGGCUGCUGAGGAACCUGCAGCUGCUCACCAUGGUGGUCACUCUCCUCGGGGUGGUGCUCCUUCUGCUGCCCAUCAGCCAUAACUACUGGAGCAUCCUGGUCUUCUCUUCGCUCUACGGCUUCCUGUUCGGCUGCGUGGUGGCCAUUCACGUCACUUCCAUCGUGGAUAUCGUAACUCUGGAGGGAUUCGACAGCGGACUGGGGCUCUUUAUGCUUUUCAGGAGCAUCGGCGGCUUCAUGGGUCCACCUGCUGCAGGCUGGCUGGUGGAUCAGAUGAAUGACUACAGCGUUGCCUUCUACUUCUCGGGCCUCUGCCUCGUCUCCUCGGCGGUGUUUGUCGUCCUGGUCGACCGCCUGGUUCAGAAGAGAAAAGAUGUGGAGGCUGACGUUCAGCAGGCGAUGAACCAGCUGGAGGACUGGGACAGAGAAAAGGUCAAGUGAGACACUGUUGCAUAAGGAUUUUUACCUGAAUGAGCCCGAGGAGCCAGUUUGUUGGCUCGUUGGGUUCGUGAACACAUGCCAGCUGCUGGAUAAUGCAACAUAGUUUGACUUGUGAUGUGGGUGUAGGUCACAUGUUUUUAUUUACCUCUGCGUCACAGCAUCGUCUGCUGGUGUUAAAACACCAUUUUAGGGUAUUUUUUUUAUUAGAAACCAAAGAAACACUCUGGGGUGCGUUAGGUUUUUAGUACGUCAUGUAAACAUCAGAUAUUUUUCUUUGUUUCUGGGGGAAAUUUUAACAUACAGCCCGACUCAUUGGAUCAUGCGCUAACAUACGCGCAUGGCUGCAAAGCUCAGUUAGCACAUGCAAAAGUAAAUCGUGCUUUCUACAUUUUUAAACUAUGAUUUUUAAGUUACAAAAUGGGUUUGCAUGUGCCACCAGAGAAGAGGUUUUAGGAUAAGAUAAGACUCCCAAGGACAAAAGGAAAGAGGAUCCCGUACAGUUAUUCAGUCAAAGCUCUAUUAACAAUUAAAAUACACUAGACAACAAGACUUCUAGUUACAAGCUGCUGACUUUGUGCUGGAACCAAACUUUUUUUUUUACCUUGGAGAACUGCGGCUUCUGAACAAAUAAAAACAGGCUCAUAGACAUUUGAAGUUGUGCCUCCAAAUGGAACAUGUGCAGAAGUUUCUGAUUUUUUGGGGGGGGGUUCAUCCCUGCAGUGGUUCCAGGUAAAAAUCUGUUCAUCCCUCUGCUGCAUCAGAGUCACCAGUGCCUUAUCAGUAUGUUAACUGUGUUGCUGCUAUUUAUAGAAUAUUUCUGAAUAUGACCCAAAGUACUCCAGGAAAAAAGCUGCACAUUUUAUCCUGUUACUUUCUUUGAAGCUGUGACUCCUUUUUAUAUCACCAGGUCAGUUCAGCACAUGUGGGCCAGACCUGUAAAAAUAUAAGUGGAGGAACUUUGCAUCUGUAUGUAUCAGGUUUCUCUAAUAGCUCAAGUGUUGACUAUCUGUGUUACUGGUUUGUUGGCAGUGGCUCUUAAAGGCUGUAUUUAAGUUAUAAUGUAGCUUUUAUGAUUUAAAAAAAUAUCCAUCUUGUCCAAUCAAAUCAGUUAUUUCUAUGCAAGAAACUGAAUAUAAAGUCUUUCAGAGAAACGUGGUUUGGUUGCUUUUAACCACUUUAAUUAUGAAUUUGCUUAAUGAUCUUUCAAAGAUAACUUGAUCCAAAUAACUUUUGUUGUCAUUGAAGCACUGAAAUACAAGUUUUCCUUUGCACAGCUCCCUACUUUUUCUACUUUUAAAGCAAUUUCAACCAAGAAAGUCUUAACUGACAGUUUUUGACUCAACAUGUUGAAUGUUUUUCACAUCACCAGUUCUUGUAGCAGCUAAAAUGCAACAUUUUAAGAAAUAAAUUACUGCACUGAUGGUUUUUAAAUGCA